UCCCCCCGCCGGCCGGCCCCCACUGCCCAUGACGACAGAGCGCAGCUAGCGAGGUGACGUCACGAGCGUGGACCGCAAGCGGCCUCCGGACAGUGCGCUGUUAUGUCGUGACGGGGGCCGGCGACACAAGUGGAGGACACGACCGGACAGCUCGCGACAACAGGAAACAUCUGAAAACCAUGUUGGAAACUAUUGACACUCAUCGUGCCUUGCAGGCAGUAGACCGCCUGCAGGUCAAGGUUCGAGAUCGUGGCGAUGCAGCAAAUGAGGAAAAGUUGUGUUUAUUAAAAUCUGUCUUACAAAGUCCUCUCUUCAACCAAAUUUUAAGCUUACAGUCUUCAAUUCACCACAUAAGAGAACAGGUGAAUGCCACACCAACUGGAUCAUCAGGAACAGAAUUUGCACAGAUCUCUCCAUUUGGAUCAAGCUCUCUUUCAACACAGACUGAGCCCUACCCAUUGGCCCAGCAGAAUGGUAGUCAAUUUAACUCUGAGGAAACUUUUGUACCAUCUUCAUUUCCUCAGAUCAACGGCAAACAGGCUAAUGAGGAUUUUGACCAAAUUGUCAAACGGAUGGCUCAAAGUCGUCAGAUGGAAACACUGGACCUGGAUAAACCUGCAAGCGAUAGCCUUGGGUUUAGUGUUGUUGGCCUUAAGAGUGAGAACCGAGGAGAACUUGGGAUAUUUGUACAGGACAUUCAAGAUGGAGGUGUUGCUCAUAGGGAUGGACGGUUGAAGGAAUUUGAUCAGAUUCUCUCCAUUAACGGUCAACCUCUUGAUCAAACAAUUACACAUCACCAAGCUAUUCACUUACUGCAGCGGGCAAAGGAUUAUGUGCAGCUGGUGAUUGCAAGAGGCCCAUUACCCCAACUAGCUAGUCCUGUGGUAUCUCGCACGCCGUCUGAUGCCAGCACCGUGUCGGCACUUUCAAGUCCUAUGAACUGGCAGCAUGUGGAGACUAUAGAACUGGUAAAUGACGGCUCAGGUUUGGGCUUUGGAAUUGUUGGAGGAAAAUCAACUGGAGUUAUAGUCAAAACCAUUCUACCUGGAGGAGUCGCAGACCAGCAUGGUAGGCUGUGCAGUGGGGACCAUAUAUUAAAAAUAGGUGACACAGAUCUUGCUGGAAUGGGCAGUGAACAGGUUGCCCAGGUUUUGAGGCAGUGUGGAAACCGUGUAAAGCUGGUUGUUGCCAGAGGCUCUUUGGGGGAUCCGACCUCAGUGGUCUCUACUGGGAUUCAGACGCCUCCAUUAACAACUUCUACACCGGAACUGCAGGCUAAUGUUGGAAUGUUAAAAAGAGAUACAGGCAGUGAAACCUUUGACGUCAAACUAUCCAAGAAUGCUCAGGGCUUAGGAAUAACUAUUGCCGGUUAUGUUGGUGACAAAAAUGCAGAGCCCUCUGGUAUUUUUGUGAAAAGCAUUACGAAAGGCAGUGCCGUGGAGCAGGAUGGAAGGAUCCAUGUUGGCGAUCAGAUCAUUGCUGUUGAUGGAACCAAUCUCCAGGGUUACACCAACCAGCAAGCUGUGGAAGUCUUGCGUCACACAGGGCAGACUGUCCACCUAACAUUAAUUCGGAGGGGACAAAAACAAGAUGUCAUCUGUCAUCAAACUGAAGAAUGUGGCAGAUCAAUUGACCAAACUGUGGCAUUAGAAAAUGUAGAGGAUGACCAAGAAAAUAGGACUCCACUGCUAUCAUCAGUGAUCAGUACCACUGCCAAGCAGCCUGCAUCAAAAGGAAAAAGCGGACAAACAGAAGAUGAAUGUAUCCCGACCUUAACUGAGGAAGAUGCUCUCAGAAACAAGUGGCAAAGAAUUAUGGGUGACAAUUAUGAGAUCGUGGUUGCACAUGUUAACAAGUUCAGUGAAAGCAGUGGCCUGGGCAUAAGCCUUGAAGCUUCUGGUGGUCAUCAUUUCCUGAGAUCUAUAUUACCAGAAGGUGCUGUUGGACGAAGUGGAAAACUCUACAGUGGGGAUGAAUUGCUGGAAGUAAAUGAAAUCACUCUCCUGGGCCAAAAUCAUAAAGAUGUGGUGAAUAUCUUAAAGGAACUGCCAAUUGGCGUGACUAUGGUAUGCUGUCGCCCAGUACAACAGGAUGCCAGCCCACUUAAUGCUGAAGAACCAUGCGUUUCUGAACAAGACAUUCAUCUCAUUGAUAAGGAGGAUGAGUUUUCUAAUACCCAGUUAUCCACACUCUGGAAAAUACAAGAAGAUGAUCCUUUAAUUCCUAGUCUCAUAUGCAGCAAUGAAUCCCAGCUUCAAAUCGACUUUGGCGGUACCAUCGGCUCCUCGGAAACUGAUGACUUAAUCAUGGCGCAAGGUGACGAAAGUCCAAGCGUUGAAGAUACACCCGGAUCACCCUUAGCAAUGUGGGAGACUGAAAUUCAGAACAUUGAACUUGAGAAGGGAAGCCUAGGGCUUGGUUUCAGUAUAUUGGAUUAUCAGGAUCCCAUUGACCCAGCGAGCACAGUGAUCGUCAUCCGGUCUCUAGUGCCUGGAGGAGUUGCAGAGCUAGAUGGCCGACUUUUGCCUGGUGACCGCCUGAUGUUCGUCAAUGACAUCAAUCUGGAACAUGCCAGCCUGGAGGAGGCUGUUCAGGCACUUAAAGGUGCCCCAACAGGAACAGUUAACAUUGGCGUUGCCAAACCUCUGCCACUAUCCCCUGAAGAAGGCUAUAUCUCUGCUAAGGAUGACUCUGCUUUCUACACUGCACACUCAUAUGAUGAGGAAGGGUCCAGUGAUGCUCCUCUUUUCCAUGCUGAGCUAGCUCUGGUGGAGACCAAUGAUGCUGACCUACCAGGAGAAUGUAGUUUAGAAUCUCGCUUUCCUCUUGAUGAUGAUGACCGCUCCCUUCAGACUUCUAUGUUAGCCUUGCAUGGCAGUGCCUGUAAUGAUGACCUCCUUAAUGUCUUCAGCGAUUGUUCCUUGCAGGAUGUCUCUAAGGAAGAUGAGAGCUUUCAUUCAGCACCGGAAGUCCAAACUGGAAAGCUAGCUCUUCAAAAGUCCACUCCAACGUCUGAACUUUGGGCUACAUCAGCAACGGUUCUGGAUUUUAAGUUGCCUGCCAAAGAUUUAUAUAACCUUAAUCUUAGCCCAGCAGAAGAUGCUAAAAAAACUGGAAUCAAUAUUGGUGGUUCUUCUGAUUUUAAGGAGCCUUCAGGAGAUGGUGGUCUUGACAAGCGGUUUGAAUGCACAUCAUCUGGAUUUGGAUCUGAAAUGCAAUCAUCUGGUUCAUGGGCUCAGUUAAAGACCCAUGGAACCUCCACCACUGCUGUCCUUCCUGACUCUCUCUUAAAGGCUGCUGGAUAUUCAUCUGGGAGAGAAUGCACCGAAGCCAGUGAAGAUAGUAACACCAAAACUGUCAUUAAAAACACCUUUGAGAAAACAAUUACUGUAACCAGAGGAAACUGCAGCCUCGGUAUGACUGUAAGCGCUAAUAAAGAUGGCGCCGGCAUGAUUGUCCGCAGUGUUAUAAAUGGAGGCUCAAUAAGUCGUGAUGGUAGAAUUCGUGUUGGAGACUGUAUACUGGCAAUCAAUGAUGAGUCUACUGCCAACCUGACCAAUGCCCAGGCACGGGCUAUGCUGCGAAGGCAUUCCUUACUCGGCCCUGAUCUAAGAUCUUCUCCCGCUCCUGCUGAUGAUCAGGCCCCAUAUUAUGUCAUUACAUAUGUUCCAAGUGAGAAUUUGGAAGAAUAUCGAGCAAGUGUGGGGCAGCUGAAGGAAGGAACUGUGCCACUAGAUGUAUUUACUGCCCAGAACAAUAGUGAUGCCCCAGAGCUGCCUGAGCGUGAAGAGGGAGAAGGGGAGGAAAGUGAACUGGAACAUACUGCAUUCAGCAACUGGAAUAAUCCAAGAAGGAUUGAGCUUUGGAGAGAGCCUGGGAAAUCACUGGGGAUCAGCAUCGUUGGUGGCAGAGGCAUGGGGAGUCGCUUAAGCAAUGGGGAAGUAAUGAGAGGAAUCUUCAUCAAACAUAUUCUAGAGGACAGUCCGGCAGGGAAGAAUGGAACCCUGAAAACUGGAGAUAGGAUUGUGGAGGUGGAUGGCACUGACCUCAGAGACGCUAGUCAUGAGCAGGCAGUAGAGGCAAUAAGAAGAGCUGGAAAUCCUGUCAUCUUUGUGGUUCAGAGUAUCAUCAGCAGACCCAGACCUGAAUCUCUGUAUUGCUCUCCAUCUGCCUCUGCUUUCAGGGGGCAACCGCAUACUAACCCCUUCUCUCACAACUCCUCCAAGAAACAAAGCUCACCUUUACAGAGCACCUUUGGUACUAAACCUCUCUUCAGAUGCACUAACCCAUUUGCUGAUCCUUCUCAGUUCUCCACUAACAAGGCAUCUAGUAACUCGGAUUCAGACUCGGAAAAGGCAACCCUUUCCAGUGUAGUUACUGCACCACUGACCUCAAUGAGUUCUGACAGUGCUCAGCUAGGCACUACUACUUUCAACGGAGAUCCCGAAAAAGAAGACGAGUUUGGCUACAGCUGGCGAAAGAUAUCACAGCGGUAUGGAAACCUGCCAGGAGAGUUGCAUAUGAUAGAGUUGGAGAAAGGGAAGACUGGAUUGGGCCUGAGCCUUGCUGGAAACAAAGACCGAUCACGAAUGAGCGUCUUCAUCGUGGGGAUUGAUCCAAAUGGAGCAGCUGGCAAAGAUGGCCGGUUGCAGAUUGCCGAUGAGUUAUUAGAGAUUAAUGGGCAAAUAUUAUAUGGAAGAAGUCAUCAGAAUGCCUCAUCUAUCAUCAAAUGUGCACCAUCUGAAGUUAAAAUAAUCUUUAUCAGGAAUAAAGACGCUGUAAGCCAAAUGGCGGUGUGCCCCGUGAAAACGGCUGAGCUGUGCCCUUCCAACUCUUCCGCUUUUCCAAGUCAAGAGAAUGAUGAGAACGUUUCCACUCCAAUGAAUUUCAGCUCCUUUAAAAAUGUCAUCCAUGUGAAUUUGCCAAAGGACCAAGGGGGCCUAGGCAUUGCCAUCAGUGAAGAGGAUACGGUUAAUGGAGUAGUUAUUAAAAGUUUAACUGAUUAUGGUGCAGCAGCGAAGGAUGGGCAAAUUAAAGUGGGCGACUGUAUCUUGGCCGUAGAUGAUGAACCAGUGGUGGGUCACCCUAUUGAGAAGGUUGUUGGUCUUCUUAAGAAAUCAAAAACGAAUGUGAAGUUGACAAUAAGUUCUGAUGAAAAAGACACCCACCAAAACCAUGUUUUACCGCUGUCUACAUUCACCUCCGGUGUUGCUGAGAAAAGAAGCAGCCAGCCGUGUCUACCACAUAUCAGCCUUUCGGAGCCAGAAGCUGUUCAUAAUGCUAGUCGGUCAUCAACUCCAGCUACAUUUCCUUCCGAUCCAACCACUUGUCCAAUUAUACCUGGAUGUGAAACAACAAUUGAAAUAUCCAAAGGGAGAACAGGUCUGGGACUUAGCAUUGUUGGAGGUGCAGACACUUUGCUGGGUGCCAUUAUAAUUCAUGAAGUAUAUGAAGAAGGUGCAGCUUCCAAAGAUGGGCGGUUGUGGGCUGGUGACCAGAUUUUAGAGGUCAAUGGUAUUGAUCUAAGAAAUGCCACACAUGAUGAAGCCAUAAAUGUGCUGAGACAGACACCACAAAAAGUCCGCCUGAGCGUAUACCGGGACGAGGCUCAGUAUAAGGAAGAGGAUAUGUAUGAUAUAGAAACUGUGGAGCUUCAGAAGAAACCAGGGAAAGGCCUUGGCUUAAGCAUUGUGGGGAAGAGGAAUGAUACUGGAGUAUUUGUCUCCGAUAUUGUGAAAGGAGGUAUAGCAGAGACAGAUGGAAGACUGAUGCAGGGGGAUCAGAUAUUAACUGUGAACGGAGAGGAUGUGAGGAACGCUACCCAGGAAGGUGUGGCAGCACUCUUGAAGUGUUCCUUAGGUACCGUAAAGCUAGAAGUCGGAAGAAUUAAAGCUGGGCCUUUCCACUCUGAAAGGAGGACUUCACAGAGCAGUCAAGUCAGUGAUGGCAGCAGUAGUCUUACAUCUUUCAAUUUUCCGCCUGGUUCUUUAGCAGCUGAGUCACUUGAGAAUACCUCCAAAAAGAAUGAAACUCCUGACAUCCAAGGACUACGGACAGUUGAAAUCAUAAAGGGCCCUUCAGAUUCGCUGGGUAUCAGCAUUGCUGGUGGAGUUGGCAGCCCUCUAGGAGAUGUACCAAUUUUUAUAGCCAUGAUGCAUGCAAAUGGAGUUGUGGCCCAAACACAAAAACUAAGGGUUGGUGACAGGAUUGUUAGUAUUUGUGGGACAUCGACUGAAGGAAUUACUCACUCUCAGGCUGUCAGCCUCCUGAAGAAUGCCAUGGGCACAAUCGAGCUGCAGGUUGUGGCCGGGGGAGAUGUGAGCGUGGUCACUGGUCAGCAACAGGAACAUGUGGGCACGGCAGUUAGCUUUUCUGGACUUGCUUCAAGCAGCAUAUUGCAAGAUGAUUUGGGGCCUCCUCAGUACAAGACAAUCAUUCUUGAGAGAGGACCAGACGGACUGGGCUUCAGUAUUGUCGGGGGUCAUGGGAGUCCACAUGGUGACCUCCCCAUUUAUGUGAAGACUGUUUUUAGCAAGGGGGCAGCCUCUGAAGACGGUCGCCUGAACAGAGGGGACCAGAUCAUUGCUGUGAAUGGACAGAGCUUGGAAGGUGUGACUCAUGAGGAAGCAGUUGCUAUCCUGAAGAGGACGAAAGGAACGGUUACGCUUACUGUGCUGUCCUGAGCUCUCUACCGUCACCUUCCAGGGCCCAUUUGUGUCCCCUCAGCACUUUCCCCUGUGAAAGUACAUAAAGUUGUAGGACCCUUACUAUAGGUCAGCCGUGUGUCUGGGAGAAUGUUUACCUAGCUGCUGUCAUUUAACACCCCGAUUUACAUUGCAGAGACAAAUGAGUACGUUACAGCGUAUUCAGCUGAAGGACUCCUGGAGGCCAAGUUCUAAUAGCUCUUUCUUUAACCACAAAGGAAGUUUUUUAAUAGCGUAGAUCUACUAUGCUUAGAACAAAUGUGUGAAGAGCAUGGAACUUGGCAACAGAACAGGUCAAGAGAAUGGCUUUCUCUCCAAAAACAAACAAGCUGUAGAUUACGUCUAUUUUUAUAGUUGCUGUGUUUAACUGUGCUUUCAUGUCUUUUGUACCACUGACUUGCUGCUAUAUGGCCUGUGAACAAAUGAAUGUUUUGCGUUUUAGUGUCUGAGUGUACACUGGAAAAAUGAAGGUUUAUUUUACCAUAAUUUUAUUAUAAAAUCUAUAUUUUCUGUUGGCCAAAAUAGGUUGCAUUUAGAUUUAAGGAUUCCAACUUCUCCU